AUGGCUUCCUCCACAGCCAGAACUUCUUCUUUGGCAGUCUUCCCUCUCUCGCCCCCUUUCCCGCCGCCACCACGGCGGAGAGGUCUAAUGCUCAAACCUCUCCGGCGGCCCAAUUCUCUGAUCCUCAAAUCCGUGGAUGUCUCCAAAGAAGAGCAGCCGAUUUCCUCGGAUGAGCCGCCCAAAAUCGACAACAGAAGACUGGAGGAGAAGUUCGCCGUGGUGAAUACAGGCGUCUAUGAGUGCAGGUCUUGCGGGUAUAAGUACGAGGAGGCAACCGGGGACCCUUCUUAUCCGAUCCCGCCAGGCCUUCCCUUCGAUAAGCUGCCGGCCGAUUGGAGGUGUUCCACUUGCGGCGCCUCUCAGAGUUUCUUCGAGAGUAAGAGUAUGGAGAUUGCGGGAUUUGCUCAGAACCAGCAGUUUGGAUUUGGGGGUAAUACGCUUACCUCUGGCCAAAAGGCUUUGCUUAUCUAUGGUGGUUUGCUUUUAGGAUUUGCGCUCUUCUUGUCUGGUUAUUUUCUCCAAUAA